AUGACAUCAGCAUAUGGCAUGUUGCUUGCCUCCAUAGCGGCGUUGUACACCUGCAGCAUUUCAGCUCUUACCUCAUCCUUCUGUCCCAAUAACGGGGACGUCUGUUUCCGUUGGGGUGUCCCCAAGGCAUCCGCAGUGUCAGGCUCCGGCAACAUCUACUUCCAAAUCGAAGCUCCCACCAGCCUAACAUGGGCGGGGCUCGGCAUAGGCACAGGUAUGCGAGGCGCCGCUAUGUUCCUAAUUUAUCAGAAUGGUGACGGCAAUAUCACUCUGAGUACGAGAACCGGACGCGGCCAUGUUAUGCCCGAAUACACAGAACGUAGCGAGGUCGAGCUGCUCGCUGGCUCUGGCGUUAAAAAUAAUAAGAUGAUUGCAAAUAUUCGAUGCGGCGACUGCAGUAGCCUGAACCUCGAAGGCUCCAACUCUUGGAUCGCCGCCUGGAAGAAUGGCAACCCGCUUAACUCCACGAGUCUUUCCGCGAGAAUCUUGGAGCAUGAUGGGGACAGCAGCUUCAAUAUCGACUUUGCCCAGGCGUCAAUGAGCUCGGACAGCAACCCCUUCACGUCUAGCAGUAGUGGAGACUCAAGCUCCAACUCCGAGUCUGAUUCUGAUUCUGACUCCGGCUCUAGUAAUGGUGCUAUGUCAGAGACAGAGUACAGUAGCACGAGCGAUAUAGUGCUCCGUGCCCAUGGAGUUAUCAUGUCUAUUGUCUUCCUCGCCGGAUAUCCCCUGGGAGCCGUACUCAUGACUAUGAUCGGAAAGUGGUUCAUUCAUGCCGGCUGGCAGGUCAUUGUUUUCGUGGGUAUGUGGGCUGGCUUUGCCCUUGGUUAUGUCUAUGCCCGUAAUGAUAGUGAUUGGUGGAAACAAGCUCACACAAUAAUGGGCACCAUAGUCGUUGCACUGAUUGGCCUGCAGCUUAUUCUGGGUUGGGCUCACCAUCGGUACUUUGUGAAUCACGGCAAGCGAGGACUCAUCAGCCACGCCCAUAUCUGGUUUGGACGAGUCCUCAUGAUCCUUGGUAUCAUCAACGGAGGGCUGGGCCUUCAACUCGCAGGCUCGCCUCAAUGCUAUGUCAUUCCGUAUUCUGCCGUUGCUGGUAUCGCCGCGGUGCUCUACAUCACUGGCAUCUUCGUAGGUGGGAUGAGAAAGACUGCACGUGUGAAGCAAAUUUCGCCUCAGAUAAUCCAGGAUGAGUAG